CAUCAUAUUUGGCUAUUAAAACAUUGGAAUAUAACAAAAAAGAAAACAGAGAGAAAAGAAGGAGGGAAAAUUACAACUUCCAUUUCCAUUUUGAGAAGCUGCUCUGUGUAUUAACUAUAAACAAAGCCCUUCCUCCUCCUUAUUUUCUAUCUUCAGGAGAUAGAUGAAAGAUGUCUUCCAUAGUGAAGGGCAUAUUCGUUAGGAGCGGAGGGGAUGAUAUUAGUAAUAUGGUUUGGAAUGCGAAGAAGAAAUAUGUGGAGCACAGUGAUUUUGUUGUUGUUGGUGGGAGAAGAAACACAAAAUCAAACAGCUUCAGGGCAUGGAAGAGAGGUAGAAGAUCAUAUCAGACUCCAAUACGUGGCCAAGCAAUUCUUACCCCAGCAACCGCACCCACCACCAAAAAGAGGGUGUUCACUUUUGGCAAAGGGACAAGUGAAGGAAACAAGGCCAUGAAGUCCUUGUUGGGAGGAAAGGGAGCCAACCUGGCAGAAAUGGCAAGCAUUGGUUUAUCUGUGCCUCCUGGAUUCACUAUAUCAACAGAAGCUUGCCAAGAAUAUCAACAGAUUGGAAAGAAGCUACCAGAUGGCUUGUGGGAGGAGGUGCUUCAAGGCUUGCUUUUCGUGGAGAAUGAAAUGGGAGCCAAUCUUGGAAAUCCUGCAAAACCUCUUCUACUCUCAGUUCGCUCUGGUGCUGCGAUAUCCAUGCCUGGGAUGAUGGACACAGUUCUCAACCUAGGAUUGAAUGAUGAAGUGGUUGUCGGGUUGGCAGCAAAAAGUGGAGAGCGGUUUGCUUAUGAUUCUUAUAGACGUUUCUUAGACAUGUUUGGAGACGUUGUAAUGGAUAUUCCACACUCGUUAUUUGAGGAGAAGUUAGAAAAGUUAAAAAGUGUAAGAGGUGUUAAACUCGACACUGAACUAGCGGCCCAUGAUCUCAAAGAUCUUGUUGAGCAGUACAAGAAUGUGUAUCUUGAAGCCAGGGGAGAAAAGUUCCCCUCAGAUCCGAAGAAGCAGUUAGAAUUAGCUGUUAAAGCUGUUUUUAAUUCUUGGGAUAGCCCAAGGGCAAUUAAGUAUCGGAACAUUAAUCAAAUAACUGGUCUAAAGGGAACUGCUGUGAACAUUCAGUCCAUGGUGUUUGGUAACAUGGGGAAUACUUCAGGAACUGGCGUCCUUUUCACUAGAAAUCCAAGCACUGGUGAAAACAAACUUUAUGGCGAAUUUCUAAUUAAUGCUCAGGGAGAGGAUGUAGUUGCUGGAAUCAGGACACCUGAAGAUUUGGAGGUCAUGAAAUCUUGCAUGCCAGAAGCUUAUAAGGAACUUGAGGAGAAUUGUGAAUUUCUAGAGAAACAUUACAAGGAUAUGAUGGAUAUUGAGUUCACUGUCCAAGACAAUAGGUUGUGGAUGUUGCAAUGUCGAAGCGGAAAACGUACUGGUAAAGGAGCAGUAAAAAUAGCCGUCGAUAUGGUCAAUGAGGGGCUUGUUGACAUUCGUUCUGCAAUCAAAAUGGUAGAGCCACAGCAUCUUGAUCAACUUCUCCACCCACAGUUUGAGGAUCCAUCUACUUACAAGGACCAAGUGAUUGCCAUUGGUUUGCCUGCAUCCCCUGGAGCCGCAGUAGGGCAGGUGGUGUUCACUGCUGACGAUGCUGAAGAAUGGCAUGCACAAGGAAAGAGUGUUAUCUUGGUGAGGAAUGAGACAAGUCCAGAGGAUGUUGGAGGCAUGCACGCAGCUACUGGAAUCUUGACGGCUAGAGGUGGUAUGACAUCUCAUGCUGCUGUUGUAGCCCGUGGAUGGGGAAAGUGUUGUGUGUCUGGUUGCUCUGAUAUCCGUGUAAAUGAUGCUGAAAAGGUCUUCGUAGUUGGGGAUAAGGUGAUAGCAGAAGGAGAAUGGCUUUCACUGAAUGGAUCAACAGGUGAGGUGAUACUGGGAAAGCAAUCACUUUCUCCUCCGGCUCUAAGCGAUGAUUUAGGAACUUUCAUGUCUUGGGCAGAUGAAAUAAGGCAUCUGAAGGUUAUGGCAAAUGCUGACUCUCCUGAAGAUGCAGUAACAGCUAGAAAAAAUGGUGCUCAAGGGAUUGGACUUUGCAGGACAGAGCAUAUGUUUUUUGCUUCGGACGAGAGGAUAAAGGCUGUGAGAAUGAUGAUUAUGGCGGUUACACCAGAGCAGCGGAAAGCUGCACUGGACCUGUUGCUACCUUAUCAAAGAUCAGAUUUCGAGGGGAUAUUUCGUGCAAUGGAUGGUCUACCAGUAACAAUCCGAUUGUUAGAUCCUCCACUUCAUGAAUUUCUUCCAGAGGGCGACCUGGAACACAUUGUCAGUGAACUAACUUCCGAGACAGGAAUGAAAGAAGAGGAAAUAUUCUCCAGGAUAGAAAAGCUAUCAGAAGUGAACCCCAUGCUCGGUUUUCGUGGCUGCAGGCUGGGAAUAUCAUACCCAGAACUGACCGAGAUGCAGGCACGUGCAAUCUUUCAGGCUGCUGUUUCAGUGAAAAACCAUGGUAUUGCAGUUCUUCCAGAGAUAAUGGUUCCACUUAUCGGUACACCUCAGGAAUUAAGGCAUCAAGUGAGUUUAAUAAGGAAUGUUGCUGAUAAUGUUUUGUCUGAGAUGGGUUCUUCUUUAAGCUAUAAGGUUGGGACUAUGAUUGAAGUUCCAAGAGCUGCACUAGUUGCAGAAGAGAUUGCAAAGGAAGCAGAGUUCUUUUCAUUCGGGACCAAUGACCUUACUCAAAUGACAUUUGGAUAUAGUAGAGACGAUGUUGGAAAAUUUCUUCCCAUCUACCUAUCCAAAGGGAUUCUGCAGCAUGAUCCAUUCGAGGUACUUGACCAGAAAGGUGUGGGUCAACUCAUCAAGAUUUGCACAGAAAAGGGUCGUGCCGCUAGACCAAAUCUAAAGGUUGGAAUAUGUGGAGAGCACGGUGGGGAGCCUUCUUCUGUUGCCUUCUUUGCAGAAAUUGGACUUGACUAUGUUUCAUGUUCUCCGUUUAGGGUUCCAAUUGCUAGGCUUGCGGCAGCUCAGGUUGCAGCUUAAGAAACAGUUGCCUGUAUCACAAGCAUACGAGAGGUUGUAAAUAACUGUUGUUCUUCAUAAGCCCGUAGACAUCACAAAUGGAGGUUUAUACGAGGACGUUACAAAUGAUGAGGGCUUCUAACGUAUACUUAUAGAAGUGAAAGCAAAGCAAAAUCAAUGAGCAAAUCUUUGCAAAUAAAUAAUGUUGAUAAUAAUAAAAGAGAAAACGUUGUGUACAAAUAUUCAUGCAAAUGUUUCUCUUAUUCUUAUACCGUGUCCUGUCAUAUAAUAAGACUGAAUCUGUAAAAUUCUUGUACAUGUUCUAUUCGAUUCCAUCAUAAUAAAAAAUCUCUGAAAAAUUAUUCUC